GCCGGUCUAACACUUUUAUCCUCGCUGCCCUGGAAACAUGACCGGUUUCCUUCUCAAGAUAAAAAGCCGUGUUCCAGAAAGAAAGAAGACGGAUCUUUCUCACCAAGAUUUACAGAAAUGGGGUUUACGAGGGAUACAGCUGAGGUCCUAUCAGCUGGAUGGGGUGCGGUGGCUUACCGAGUGUCUGCAGAAUCAGGAGGGAUGCAUUUUAGGAGACGAGAUGGGCUUGGGGAAAACCUGUCAGACAAUUUCUUUGCUGGUGUAUAUGACAGGAGGUCUAGGGGAGAAGGGGCCGUUUUUGGUCCUCAGCCCGCUCUCUGUCUUGGAGAAUUGGAGAAGGGAGAUGGAGAGCUUUGCCCCAUCUCUAUCCGUUUUGUGUUAUAAGGGAGACAAAGACAGAAGGGCCGAGAUUCAGAGAAAUGAAGACAGUUUACACUUUGAUGUCCUGCUCACUACGUAUGAGCUAUGUCUCAAAGACUCUUCAUUUUUGAAAAGGUGGAAGUGGAUGGUUCUGGUUGUAGAUGAGGCUCACAGGCUGAAGAAUCAGAAGUCUCUAUUGCACACAGCCCUUACUGAGUUCUCCGUAGGGUUCAGAGUUUUGCUGACAGGGACUCCUAUCCAGAACAACCUGCAGGAGGUCUACUCCCUACUGAACUUCAUCCAACCCAGCCUUUUUUCAACACAUGAGACAGACAGCUUUGUCAGCUAUUACGCCAACAUACAGAAUCACCCUGCUCUGGCUAGUGAGCUUCAAAGUGUCCUGGAGCCCUUCCUACUUCGUCGGGUCAAGUCAGAGGUAGCUGCAGAUCUACCCAAGAAAACAGAGUUGGUGAUGUACCAUGGCAUGUCAGCCCUGCAGAAAAAAUAUUAUAAAGCCAUCUUGAUGAAAGACCUGGAUGCCUUUAGGAAUGAACAGGGCAACAAAACGAGGAUGCUGAACAUCUUAAUGCAGUUGAGGAAAUGUGUCGACCACCCGUACCUGUUUGAUGGGGUGGAGCCAGAGCCAUUUGAGAUAGGGGAGCAUCUCAUUGAGACCAGUGGAAAGCUUUGUCUCCUGGACAGCAUUUUGGCUUACCUGCACAAAGGGGGCCAUCGGAUUCUGUUGUUUUCUCAGAUGACUAGAAUGCUGGACAUUCUACAGGACUACAUGGAGUACAGAGGGUACAGCUAUGAACGCCUUGAUGGAUCUGUCAGGGGAGAAGAGCGGAAUCUAGCUAUCAAGAACUUCAGCAGCAAAGAUGUCUUUGUCUUUCUGCUAAGCACUAGAGCAGGAGGAGUGGGUAUGAACCUCACAGCUGCUGACACAGUCAUUUUUUUGGAUAGUGACUUCAACCCUCAAAAUGACCUGCAGGCUGCUGCACGCUGCCAUCGGAUUGGUCAGAAUAGGCCUGUGAAGGUAAUCCGCCUUAUUGGGAGAGACACUGUGGAGGAGAUUGUGUAUUCCCGUGCUGUGUCCAAGCUGGCUCUCACCAACACUGUAAUCGAGCAAGGGCGCUUCUCUUUGCUGGACCAAGCCCAGUCUGCUGCUACAGGACUCCAAUUAAGUGAGAUCUUGAAGUUUGGUGUAGAUAAACUUUUCUCAUCAGAAGAGAGCUCUGUACAGAAUGUGGACCUCAAGAAGAUCCUUGGUCAAUCACAUGAUGGUCAAUGGGUGACUGAUGAAUACCCCACCUUAACCUGGGAGGAGGAAGGGGAUACUUCUGAAUGUGAUGUGCAGAACCACAUGUACUACUUUGAGGGGACGGACUAUUCCAAAGACCCCAGCAUAGAAGACCAGAAGAGCUUUAAUCGUCUGUUGGAGGAGCAGAUGGCUGAGCUAAAUGAGGUCAAAGGACAGGCAAGGGCUCUCCGAAACAAGGCUGGAACAUCUCUGUCCGGACCUCUUGAGGUUCCGCUGAGGAGGAGGAAGCCACUCAGUGAGGCUGAGCUGGAAAUGAGGUGUCAGACAAGGCAGGAGGCUGCGGCAAAGAAGGCCAAACUUGAGGAGGACCAAAGAAGUCAGCAGCAGGAGCAGAAACAUAAGAAAAAAAUGGCUUGGUGGGAGUCCUGUGGCUUCAGAUCACUAUGCCUACAUUCUGUGGAGAGUGAAGAGGAAGUGGGCGAUGACAGAAGCAUAUCAUCAAUGGACUCCGACCACACUGCCAUCCACUAUGUUUUAGGGGAUGUUACCCACCCUGAGGCUGCUCGGGGAGACAUCAUUAUUGUCCACUGUGUUGAUGACUCUGGCAGGUGGGGCAGAGGUGGCCUAUUCACAGCACUAGAGGUCAGGUCGGAUGAACCGCAAAAACAGUAUGAGUUGGCUGGCAAGAUGAAGGACUUGGACCUGGGAAAUGUGCUGCUCUUCCCCAUAGAUGAAAAACAGUCCAGGUUGAAUGGCCGAGAUCAAUUGGCCCUCAUUGUAGCACAGCAAAGGGACAAAGCCAAUAACUUGUCUGGACUCUGUCUCACUGCUCUGGAUGAAGGGCUGAAGAAGAUUUACGCAGCAGCAAAGAGAAAUGAUGCAAGUGUACAUCUACCACGUAUUGGUCACUCCACCAAAGGUUUCAACUGGUAUGGCACAGAGAGACUCAUCAGGAAACACCUGGCAGCCAAGGGCAUCCCCACUUUUAUAUAUUACUACAGCCGGGCUGGCAAAAGUAUAGCUACAUCUCCACCCCAAGCAUCCAGCUCCAAGGCUUUAACUGUGGCAUCUCCACCUCAUUCCCCUGAGUCAGACACACUGACCACAGAUGGACAGACAGAAACUCCAGGUCCCUCUAAUCCCAUCUGCAACCAACUCUCCCCUGGCCUCCCUGAUUUCAUGCGAGGAGUUCAUGUGUUUUUCUACAACUUGGCUGCAUCAGAGAGGAAGAAGCUGGCACGCUACCUUUUCACUUAUGAUGGCGAUGAGGAAGAGCUCAUGAGUCCAGAGGUCACUCACAUUGUUGCAGAGGUGGAAAGUGCUGUCCACUUACAGGAGCUCAGGGAUUUAAUGAGGCAGUAUCCUCAGACAGUGCUGACUCAGAAGGCGUGGCUGGAGUCCUGUUUCUCUAAGCAGAGGAAAGUGGAUACUGAGCAGUUCCUACACAUUUUCAUAUGAUGUUUUUAUGAUCUGUGUAUUUAAUGUCGUCCUACAUUUUUCUAAAUCUCUCUGAAAAUACAUCUAUGUCUCCGAAUUGUAUUUGAAUAUUACAGGUGAAUAAAAGAA